CUCCAUCCAUCCCAACUGCUACUUCUUCGCUUUCCCUCUCGUUGCUCCUGUCUCUUACCGUUCAAUUUAUCUGAAAGCUGGCUCAGGCCUUUUUAAUUACUUGGCAAUAGCAAUCUCGCAUUCUAUGACCCUCGUCCCUCUCUCUGUUCGCUGAAGAAUAGCAAGGCUGCGCUGACCAGCCUCCCUCCCCCACCGGAACACCAUGUGGAACGACGAGGAUAACAACCCGUACGGCGCAUUCGACACCGAGGCGCAUCUCUCGGAGUCUCUGCACUCGGCCAACCUCUCCCCUCCUCUCUACGACCGCGAAUACACCCCUCCCUCUCCCUCCAGCCGAUCGUCCACCCAAGACCCUCCCGAUUUCCUGUCGCAACAGCAGGACCUGAGCGAUGAGGAUGAUCACGGCGCCUACACCACUCAGCACACCGGUCAAGGGUACAUGCGCAAGAGCGUCUACGACAGCCGGAUCGAGCAGAUCUUGUACGAGAAUCCCGACAUGCCGAUCCUCAUCACCGACGCGGGAAAGAACCACGAGGGCGGAGGCAGCUUCAUCGUCUAUACGAUACGCACGGGUGAUCUCGAGGUUCGAAGACGAUAUUCCGAAUUCGCAUCGCUCCGUCAAACCCUCGUCAACCUACAUCCUACUCUCGUCGUUCCGCCCAUUCCGGAGAAACACACCAUGGCAGACUACGCCGCCAAACCCACCAAAGCCAAGGAAGACACGGCAAUCAUCGAUCUUCGGAAACGAAUGCUGGCCGUGUUUCUGAAUCGGUGUCGUCGAAUGAAGGAGAUUCGCGAAGAUGGCGUGUGGUGGAGGUUCCUAGACCCCAAUGUUAGCUGGAGCGAAGUCCUCCAUUCCCACCCCGCAUCUUCGGUUCCGAAAAACAACCUCAAAGCCCCUCCCCUCGACCCCGCGAACCCUACCCCUGCUCAUGCCUGGCUUCCAGUGCCCUCGGCCUCGGCGAAGCUCAAGUCGGCGUCUGGCACUGCGCCGUCCGGUACCCCGAACGAUACGCCCAAUCAGGAAGUGCUGGGCCGAUUCCCACCGGAGUCUCGGAAAUUGAGCGAGAAAGAGCUGGAUCCUUACUUCAUCAACUUCGAAGCCUCUACCCGCGAGCUCGAGCUGCUUCUGCAGGGUAACAUUGAAAAGGUCAACCGUCGAACUCUUGCUCACCUGUCCUCCUUAUCGGCGGAUCUAAUGGAGCUUGGAGCACGGUACAAUGGUUUCUCUUUGUCGGAGCAAUCCCCGACCGUGGCAGCGGCUAUUGAACGAGUCGGCCAGGCAGCUGACACGUCCUAUAUUGAGACGGAGGAGCUGUCGGCUGCCCUGAGUGCUAGCUUCGCGGAGCCCAUGCGGGAAAGCGCACAAUUCGCCAGCGUGGUGCGCAGCGUGUUGCGGUAUCGGGUUCUGAAGCGCGUGCAGGAGGAGAUGACCCGAGAUGAAUUGGCCAAGAAGAAAGCAUUGCUCGAAUCACUCGAGCGCAGUGAGACAGAGGCUCAACGGAUCGAGCAAUACCUGAAUCGCUCCUCCCCCCAGGGCACCACCACAAGGACUCAACGAUCUCUGUCCACCUCGUCGGCCGCUAGUGCUCCCGGGGGGCCUGAGUCCGAGGGCCGUCCUGGCAGCCACGAGGACAAUGCCUCGGUGGACUCGGACUUUCCCCCUACGCAUGGCGAGUCAAUCAGCUCCCAUCCCUCCGCACCCCAAGCCGCCGCCCACCGCCGUCCGGACUUCGGGCCGUCGUCGCCGCCUGCGCACCGCAAGACGUCUAGUGGCACCUUUGUGGCCAACAAGAUUUUCGGUCGUAUCAGCCAUGCGGUGCAUGGGUUUGUGGAUGUGGAUCCCGAGCGAACCCGUCGCGACCAAAUAGGGAAGACGAAAGAGAGUUUGCAACAGCUUGAACAAGCUCUGACGGUGUCGGAGAAAGACGUCAAAGAUGCGAGUGCCGGGGUGUUGCAGGAUCUGAAACGCUUCCAGAAAGACAAAGAGAUAGAUCUUCGUCGGUACAUGGUUGCCUAUGCGCGGUGUCACUUGGACUGGGCGCGCAAGAACUUGGAGACUUGGACAGAGGCGAAAGAUGAGGUGGAAAAAAUUGAAGUGCGGUAGUUCAUGGUGUUGGUUGGGGCAGAGUUACGUUGCGACUGGAAGCGCUGGGCGUUGGUGUUCAAUUUAGAAAUAGGGAUGGCGAUGAUUGUAUGGGAAUUACGUAGUAUGCUCUUCGUUGCAUUCGGCUCCACCGCUCGGGCAAU